GAGGGCAUGGGUAUGCAAUUUUCCCCAUUAUAUCCCGAAAAAAAUAAAAUAAUAAUGACCAACAUUUGAGGGAUAAAUGGUGUAACGGUCCUCUCUAUCCUCUUGCUUUAUUCAAUUCUUUUGAAGUCGAGAAUAACUAUCUUUUAAUGGUCGAAAAUAGUUACAGGCUUUGUUCCAGGCAGUGAUCAUUCUCCUCUUACUCUUUCUACGUUCAUUCAAGGCAAAUCACAACAACAGAAAAUUCAAAAUACAAUGUCUAAAAAUGAUUAUUUUUCUGGCAAUCUCACGGAUUUCAUUUCAGAAAUAUUGCCCGAGAUCUCUGACAAGCUUUAUAGCAAUCAGUAUGUCUGUCAAGCGAUGUUGAGGUCUAUGCCUCCUUUGUGCAAGCAAUAUGUUCUGCAUUUACUGUAUAUUGACACUAUUGUGUGUGAUAAAGAAAUAGUUACAUGGGCUUUUCCAAAUGAAGUCACCAAACAUAAAGCAGCAGUUGAUAGGCUGCUGAAAGUUAAAGUAUUUCUUGAAGGCUUGGACAGGUCCAUCUUCUCACCUUAA